GCUUUCCCAUAAUGCUGCUCGGUAAGGCGCCGUUGUGUUGUGACCGGAAUGAGCGCCUCUAAGAUGGCGGCGGCUGUGAGGAGAAAGUGAGCGGUGUUGACGUCCGGAAACGUUUCGGGAGCUGCGUCUCCUCCGCUUUCCUUGAUGGCCGGGGAAACCACUGAAAAGAGAGAGCGGGAUUCUUCACCUGUUAAAGAAGAGCGAAGACGCUCACGCUCACCAGACCGAGAACGUGACCGAGAUCGUGAUAGGAAAGGCUCUCCUAUUGCCAAGGACAGGAAGCGUCACCACCCUGUUCCUCAAGCUGGAGGAGGGAUCACCCGGGUCCCCACAGGUCCCAAGUCAACAGAGAGGGAACGACGAUAUAAAGAGAGGGAACGAGACAAAGAACGGGAGCGCAGCAAGAAAGACCGGGAGCGGGAGAAGGAUGGACAUCGAAGAGACAAGGACAGGAAACGCUCCAGAAGUGUCUCUCCAAAUCGCAGCAAAGACUCCAAAUCCAGGAAGGACAGAGAUUCUCACAGGGAUGAAGAGGAUGAUGCAGGGGGCAAAAAGGAAAAGGCACAGCCACUGUCCCUGGAGGAGCUGCUGGCUAAGAAAAAGGCUGAGGAAGAGGCUGAAGCCAAGCCCAAGUUCCUUUCCAAAGCAGAACGGGAAGCUGAGGCCUUGAAGCGCCGGCAGCAGGAGGUAGAGGAACGACAACGGCUGUUGGAGGAUGAGAGGAAAAAAAGAAAACAGUUUCAAGAGAUGGGCAGGAAGAUGUUGGAGGACCCCCAGGAGAGGGAGCGACGUGAGCGGAGGGAACGUAUGGAACGGGAGACCAAUGGCAAUGAAGAUGAGGAGGGGCGGCAGAAGAUCCGUGAGGAGAAAGACAAGAGCAAGGAACUGCAUGCCAUCAAGGAGCGAUACCUGGGUGGUGUAAAAAAACGGAGGCGCACCCGGCACCUGAAUGACCGCAAGUUUGUCUUUGAGUGGGAUGCUUCAGAAGACACUUCCAUUGACUACAAUCCCUUAUACAAAGAGCGACACCAGGUUCAGCUGCUGGGACGUGGCUUUAUUGCUGGCAUUGAUUUAAAGCAGCAGAAACGGGAACAGUCCCGCUUUUAUGGAGACCUGAUGGAGAAGCGGCGCACACUGGAGGAGAAAGAGCAAGAGGAGGCUCGUCUGCGCAAGUUGCGUAAAAAGGAAGCCAAGCAGCGCUGGGAUGAUCGGCAUUGGUCUCAAAAGAAGCUGGAUGAGAUGACCGAUAGGGACUGGCGAAUUUUCCGGGAGGAUUACAGCAUCACAACCAAGGGAGGCAAGAUCCCUAACCCCAUCCGUUCCUGGAAGGACUCCUCGUUGCCCCCUCACAUAUUGGAGGUUAUUGACAAAUGUGGCUACAAGGAACCUACUCCUAUCCAGCGUCAAGCCAUCCCUAUUGGUCUGCAGAACCGUGAUAUCAUUGGUGUGGCUGAGACUGGCAGUGGUAAAACUGCUGCCUUCCUUAUCCCACUGCUGGUAUGGAUCACCACCCUGCCCAAGAUUGACAGGAUUGAGGAGUCUGAUCAGGGCCCCUAUGCGAUCAUCCUGGCCCCCACCCGUGAGUUGGCUCAACAGAUUGAGGAAGAGACUAUCAAAUUUGGAAAGCCUCUGGGAAUCCGCACAGUUGCAGUUAUUGGUGGCAUCUCUCGUGAGGACCAAGGCUUCCGGCUGCGCAUGGGCUGUGAGAUUGUUAUUGCCACUCCUGGCCGUCUCAUUGAUGUGCUGGAGAACCGUUACCUGGUGCUGAGCCGCUGCACCUAUGUAGUUUUGGAUGAGGCUGACCGCAUGAUUGACAUGGGCUUUGAGCCUGAUGUUCAGAAGAUCUUGGAACACAUGCCUGUCACCAACCAGAAGCCUGACACUGAUGAGGCCGAGGACCCUGAGAAGAUGCUGGCCAAUUUUGAAUCGGGCAAACACAAAUACCGACAGACGGUGAUGUUCACAGCCACCAUGCCACCUGCUGUGGAGCGUCUGGCCCGCAGUUAUCUUCGCCGGCCAGCUGUGGUGUACAUUGGCUCAGCUGGGAAACCACAUGAGCGGGUGGAACAGAAAGUCUUCCUCAUGUCGGAAUCAGAGAAGAGGAAGAAAUUGCUGGCUAUUUUGGAGCAAGGCUUUGAUCCACCCAUCAUUAUAUUUGUCAACCAGAAGAAGGGCUGUGAUGUACUGGCCAAAUCUCUGGAGAAGAUGGGGUAUAAUGCCUGUACUCUUCAUGGUGGCAAAGGUCAGGAGCAGCGAGAGUUUGCUCUCUCCAACUUGAAGGCUGGUGCCAAGGAUAUUCUGGUUGCCACAGAUGUGGCUGGACGUGGUAUUGACAUCCAGGACGUGUCCAUGGUGGUGAACUAUGACAUGGCUAAGAACAUAGAAGAUUAUAUCCAUCGCAUUGGUCGAACAGGAAGAGCUGGCAAGAGUGGUGUGGCUAUCUCGUUCGUCACCAAGGAGGACUCUGCUGUCUUCUAUGACCUCAAGCAGGCCAUCCUCGAGAGCCCCGUGUCCUCCUGCCCACCAGAACUGGCCAACCACCCAGAUGCCCAGCACAAACCAGGGACCAUCCUCACCAAGAAGCGACGAGAGGAGACGAUCUUUGCCUGAGCCCUGUAGAAAUGCCACAAGAGGGUCUCUAAUUUUGAGCAGGGGACACCCUCCUUCAUGACCUGGAGCUGAAGCAAGACUGACCGAGAGAGUGCCUCUCUCCAGAUGUGGAGUAGGCCACUGGAUUUAAGUCCAUACGAUGCACAAAAUGAGCUCAUUGUUCCCUUUGUGCCGUUGAUCACACACCCAGCAUUGAAUCUGGGACCAAACAGUGGAGACUGCAGCCAGGGGGAGAAAAGGUAUAUUGCCUCAAAAAUCCUGAUCUCUUCACGUUCUUGUUUGAUUCAAUGUUUAUAUUUUCCUCCAGGCAGAUUUUUCAAAUCUGACUAUGGCCAGCAGUCUUACCUUGCUUUGUUGACACUGAGUUCAGCCCCCUCUCUCUGUGGCUUUAGGCUGCUAUGUGCUGUCUAUCCCUUUCUCUCCUGCUUUUAAGAUCAGGAUGACACAGAUUGCUGCUGAUGCUCUCUGUUUUGUCGUAGGGAAGACAUUACCCUUCCCUAGUUACAGACUGUUGGGUUUCAGCCCGGUAAUUUUUUGGGGGAGAGAGGUCUGCAGAAAGUUUGUUUAUCCAGUAGACUGCGGGGGCAGGGGAUUAACAUAUACAAAGACUCUCUAAUAUUUUUAAUGGUGAUUUUGUGUCUAUGAAACCACGUGAAAUGUUGCUCAGGCCUUUUGUCACAAUCAAGAAUAGAGACUGGAGUUCAGGCAGUGAGGAAUUGGUGCAAAGAUGUGUCAUUGCUGUGUCUUUUGAAUGUAGCAGUGGCCCUUUCAGAAAUAAAAAGCAGCACCCAAAAGAAGCAAGAAGACUUGGGUUAUUGAUAUUCCUGGCUUUUGUGUGCAGCAAGUAUUUGAAGUGUGACAAGGUGGGGAAGAAUAAAAGAGAAGCUUGUGUGUCCAGA